AUGAAAUGGAUGUUCAAAGAGGAUCACUCUCUGGGUAAGAAGGAGGAGGAGGUGUUGGUGUGAUGGAGGCUGAUGAUAAAAACAUGUCUACGCACUUUAAAUUCAGCAGGAGGCAGAUAGAUUUAUAACCAAGCAGAUAUCAGAGAGGUUCAUGUCUGAAACCCGAGAGCUGUGGUGAAGGCCUGUCCGUCAGAGAGCAGCUUUAGCUUUAGCUGUUAGCUUUGAGCUGCGUCGACAUUAACGGUCAGAAACAGACCGAUAAAUGCGAGUGUCAGCUGAUAAAAACGUCAAAUAACUCAACCCUACGAUUAUUAACACACAAGUGAUCAGCUGAGAUGGACAGGUCACCGUGUAAUCGAUCAGAAAGAAGCAGUUUAGAGGUUGAAGGAUAUUGACACACAGAGCUGCUGAUCGAUCCUCAGUCCUGUAUUGAUUUACAGUCAGCAGCUGCUUAAUACCGAUAUCUGUCGGUCUAAAGUGAUAAUACAGCCGAUAUCUGUCUAUUUAUAGAGAUAAAACAGCCGAUAUCUGUCUGUCUAGAGAGAUAACACUGAUAUCUGUCUAUAGCUGAUAUCUGACUGUUUAUAAGGAUAAUACAGCUGAUAUCUGUCUGUUUAUAGAGAUAAAACAGCCGAUAUCUGUCUGUCUAAAGGGAUAAUACAGAUAUCUGUCUAUAGCUGAUAUCUGUCUGUUUACCUCUAUAGUACAGCUGAUAUUUGUCUGUUUAUAGAGACAAAACGACUGAUAUUUGUUUAUAAAGAUAAUUCAGGUAUCCGUCUAUAGUUGAUAUUUGUCUAUAGAGAUAAAGCAGCUGAUAUCUGUGUGUUUAUAAAGACAAUACAGCUGAUAUUUGUCUGUUUAUCUCUAUAGUACAGCUGAUGUUUGUCUAUAAAGAUAAAACAGCUGAUAUCUGUCUGUCUAUAGAGAUAUUAGAGCUGAUAUCUGUGUGUUUAUCGAGUCUUUGUUUAUAACUUCCAUUGUCUUCUUGAUGACAGGCUAGCUCAAGUUAGCAACUAGUGUGUCAUUGUUUGUGAUAGUGCAGAACUUCAUUUCCCACAACCCCCUCUGCUUCCUGUUAAAAAGAGGAUGUACUCUAACAGAGAGGAGCUGCUUCUCUGUUUCAGUUUGUCCACCACAGACCCACAGAUCAUCUCUGUUCUUAGUUUUUCUCAUUUCUGCUCAGAAGUAGAAUAAAAUGUUCUUAACUGAUCGUAAAGACAUUAACACAGACGUGGGUGAAGUGUCUCUAAAAAGUGAAAAAUAAGAUUUUAAAUGAUUUUAAUUUUCACCUUUUAUCUCUGAUGUAAACGUCGACACAGAAGCUGCUGCAGCAAAGACUGAUCAAAAAUAUAUUUAUAUGUUUUUGUACUUUUAGUAAAGUUUGGUUACAGAAACAGGUCCAAGUCCAGGAGUCUGGAUCACUUAGAGACCUCACUGAGCUGCAGUCCCGGGUCCACUCUAUACUGAUGAUAUAAAACCUGAAAAGUGUUCAGGCGAAGCAGGUUCAAGGAAAUAAGCAACGGCCCCAGGACGGACCCCUGUGGACCACCUAAGGACAGUGUAGAGGACUGGUUCUCAACUGGUCUCACUCUGACCCACUUUUGUAGAAAACCUUUAAAGACUCAAAUCUUUAAGACAAAUAUAUAAAAUGUAUUUUAGAGCAGAUGAACCGAGACGACAACGACUGAAGUUACAAAAACAGAAAAUGUCAAAUGACACAAAAUAAGAGAUUUUUCAAAAUAAAAGUCCUGUCAAACAUCAGCUGAGAAUUACAUGUUUACUUUAUUGACCAGCUGUUUGUGACCCAUCCAGAACAUGUCUGCGACCCACUUUUGGGUCAGGACCCACCAGUUGAGAACCACUGUUACAGAGGACUCAGAGACCCCGGAGAAGGUCCUCCCAGAAGGACUCGUUGUAGACCAGUCUUGUGUUUUUUACUGACUGGACUGAAAACUGGAUCAGUGUUCAUCCAUCCCCUCUGACCUCUGACCUCUGACCAACAGCAGGUUUGAUUGUGUCCUAAAAUGUAGAUGUAACUCAUGUAGAUGUUGUUUUUGUCUUCCAGAACAUCGAUGCAUAGAGUCCGCCAAAAUCCGGAACAAGUACCCUGACCGGGUCCCAGUGAGUGAGACUUUUACCAGCUCAGAGAGGAGAGUGUGUGUGUCCUCUGUGUGUGUCUAACACCUGUGUGUGUGUGUGUGUGUGUGUGUGUGUGUGUGUGUGUGUGUGUGUGUGUGUGUGUGUGUGUUUGUCUCAGGUGAUCGUGGAGAAAGUCUCGGGGUCACAGAUCACCGACAUCGAUAAGAGGAAGUACCUGGUCCCCUCUGACAUCACGGUGGCUCAGUUCAUGUGGAUCAUCAGAAAACGGAUCCAGCUGCCGUCAGAGAAGGCCAUCUUCCUGUUCGUGGACAAGACCGUCCCUCAGUCCAGGUGAGGAGGGGGGCGGGGUCAGUCAACUCAGAGGGUAAUAACACCUGGUUCCAGGUCUCAGGGUCAGGAAGAACCUAAAACUAACUUCACCGCCGUAUUUACAGAAAAAAAACAUUUAUAGAUUUUUUUAUUCACACAUGUGACCCUAAAUACAUUUGACGAUUCUCACACAUCUAUUUUUAGUGGCAGUGAAACGGUCGAACUGUGGCGUUCUGUGUCAGGAGUUUAUGAACUAUUUUGGAUGAGGGAGUUUUCAGACCCUGAAGAGGAAGUUCACAAAUAAAACUUUCACUUCAUGAAAAAAUACUACGAAUAAUAACAAGGGAAGCUCCAAAAUCACAGAUUCUGCUGAGUGGAAGUGAAAGAAAAAUUCAGAGAAACGGAGAGACCACAGUUAACAGAGCUUUACCCCCGACCUCCACCUUCAUCCUGAUGGUCUCCUAAAAGGUCGUAUCCUCCGAUCGUAGCUGAUCGUAACCAUUCAAGUUAACGUGUCAAUUUACACCGACUUCUUUCCGUUCCUCUGCCGAUCGCCGGACUCCUCAGCUGAUCACAAGAGUUCUAUUUUUUCUGGACGCCGGAGCAUGGCGGAUAAAUUCAGCACAGAUUAACCCGUGCUGGAAAGGAAGUCGGGCACAGACACAAAAUAAAACAUCCGGCUUCUUUUCAAAAUAAAACACUCCGUGUUUCAGGAGGAUCGUAUUUCACACCAUGCAAACGGGCGGAGACGAACAAGUGAAAGGUUUUUAGACGUCAUUUCACCCCGAUGACACCAUGGAUGAGGAGAUGCUGAUUCUAGAAAGAUUGGAAAGAAAGUCGAACAAUGACAGGAGCAGAAAAUCACCAUAAAAAAAACAAACGUCAUUGAAAAGAAAAAAAAAAAGAUAAAACAUAAAAAAUUAAAAACGUUUCAAAUAAUAAAAAAGAGGAAUUCUAUCAUAGAAAAAAUGCUGACUCAGCAUUUCCACCCAAUUACUGUAAAGGAUCAAUCAACUAAUCAGUACUAGAAUCAAUAUGAAAGAUCUGCACAGGCCUGUACUGGUUCUAACCAGUUUGACCAGUUUGACCAGGUCCAGUCUCUGGUUCUGAUUUGUGCUGCUUCCUGUUUGGGACUCUAACUCAACAGUCCUCCUUAAAUGGACUCAGGUUCUGGAUUUGGACUGGGAGCUGAGACCCAGUCUGGUGUUCAGAGAGGAGGAUGCAGCUUCUAUGAUUUCUAGUUCUUUGUUGAAAGGACAACUGGACUUAGUUGAGACGUCUCCAGUAAGUCCAGUUGUCCUUUGUCCUAGGCGGUGAUUCCCGCUGCAGAGUCCGGUCUGUUUUGAAGAUCCGGACCGUCCAGUCCUGGUUCUGGUUCUUGUCUAAUCCUUGUUGUUUCUCUGCUCCAGCAUCACGAUGGGUCAGCUCUACGAUAAGGAGAAGGACGAGGACGGCUUUUUAUACGUGGCGUACAGCGGCGAGAACACCUUUGGCUUUUAA